GCCGCUGCUGCCGCUGCUGGGGCUUGUCAACAGGCGAAGGCGAGCGGCGGCGGCGGCGGCGGCGGCGGCAGCCCCGGGGACGCGGGCGGGGCGCAGGGCCGAGGCGGCAGCCCUUCCCCGGUCGGCUCCGAGCAGCUCUGCGCCCUUCUUGCCCGCGAUGCCCCCCGGCGCAGCCCCCUGAGCCGUGGCCAGAGCCGCGGAGGAUGGGGGCAGGCGCCCAGGCGUAGGGCCCGCCGGAGGUCGCCCACCCGCCCGCGGGACCCCCGCUCGGCUCGGCUCUUGUCGGAGGGGACUGGCAUGUCCUCGGUCCGGUCGGCUGGCAGCUCUCGCCCCUCCUCUCUGACGCUGGCCUGGCCAUGGCGCGGUGGCGGGCGGUUCCGCGGUCUCCUUAGCACGGCUGGCCGCUUGCCCCUCUGCCAGCUGCCGCCAUGAGUGGGGGCAAGAAGAAGAGCGGCUUCCAGAUCACCAGCGUCACCUCGGAUUACCAGCACAAAGAGGCUUCGCUGGGCGGAGAGGCCAAGGGGCCCGCUGGCCCCCCAGCAAGUCGGGGCCUGGCCGCCACUGAGGAAGCCGAUGCUGGAGAAGGGGACAGCCCCAGGGCCUCGGAGGGCCCUGUGCCCCCAAACGGGCCCUCGGCCCCCAGCUCCCCAGGGGCACCCCCCUCCUUCCAGGGGCCUGGAGUAGUGGCUGGCUCUCGGUUCCGUGUGGUCAAAUUGGAUCAGGGCUCGGGAGAGCCGUACAAACGCGGUCGCUGGACAUGCCGGGAUUUCUACGACCAGGAAGUGGAUCAGCACCUCGUGGGGCGGUUUGUGGACUCGGCACGGCACCCCCAGUCUCUGGAUUCCCGCCUGGAAGUGGCCGGACUCUUGGCAAAGCCAGUGAGCCCAUACAGUCCACAGCCACCACGCCGGGGUCCCUACUUGCCAUCCCAGCUGGUCCUGCCCACCCCUGGCCCCUCUGGCCACCAGGCCCGCUCCCUGGGUGGGGGCUUGCCUGUGCUUGUCCACCCCAACAGGACUCCUUCCAGUCCCGUGUCCCUCCACAGCUCCCUCGCAGUGGUUGAAACCCGACCACCAGCUCCUGGGGACAGCACCAAAGAGUCGGGUGACCAAACCCCACCUGGCACCCUCCCAGCCUUGGUGGUGGAAGAACAUUUGCUUCCCAAGAAUGUCUCCCAGCUGAUCCAGAGAGAGACGGAGGAGCGGUGCAAGGUCCUGCCCAGAGAGUCCCGCUCACGACCCUCCUCCCCAGCUCCCCCCCUCUUCCGAGAUGCCAGUCCCAGCCGGAGGACCUCAGACCCCUUCGGUGUUGCCCGCUUCAGCUUGGCACGCUCCAUGUUUGGUAUGGGAGUUGCCCAUGACAGCGACGACGAUAGCGGAACAAGCAGCAGCAUGAUUGCCAUAGACAACAAGAUUGAACAAGCCAUGAGGCUGGCAUCACUGACUCCAAUUUGCCCAGCUGCACAAUCCCCUCGUGCUCCAAUAACCCCUUUGGCAGCUGUGAAAGACCUGGUGAAGAGCCACUUGAUGUUUGCGGUGCGGGAGGAGGUGGAGGUGCUGCGAGAGCAGAUCAAGGAGCUGUCGGAGCGCAAUGCCUUGCUGGAGCAGGAGAACGCCCUGCUGCGCUCCCUGGCCAGCCCCGAGCAGCUCGCUCGCUUCCAGGCUCAGCGCCACGCGGCCAAGCCCCCGCCCAGUGGCACUGCGUGAACCUGCGUGGCCAGGAGGGGGGUGCGAUCGAAACGAAGGGAUGGUCACGAGACACGGAUUCCCGCAGAUGUGAAUGGGGUGGGCAGCUGGAGCAUGUGUGCGUGCGUAAGCGUGUGAAGCCAGCCUUUGGGGGGGGGCAAGGGGAGAACUUGUGCCUUCAGGGGGUCGAAUCCAAACUUCUUGGUUUUGUUCCCCAGCUCUGGAAAGGGAGUGGGAUCUUUUGCCAAAGACACAAUUAAUAGCAAGGAGUGGGGGUGAAGAGUAGGGGUCUUUCACUGACUGGAAAAGGUCUCCAUCUAGUAGGACCUUAAAAGACCAACAAGAUUUCUAGGAUAUCAGCCUUUGAGAGUCAAGCUCCCUUUAGCAGAUUAUCUGACUCUCAAGUUUAUACCACGGAAAACUCCUCGUUGUUCUUUAAGGUGCUUCUGGACUCCGAGUCUUGCUUUUCUACGGCAGACCACCAGAGCUGCUCCCCCGAAGCUCUCUCCACUGGCUGGGCUGGUCCUCAGAAGCCCCAAACUGGCCAGAUCUGCCGCCGCCACCAGCUGGGGUCCUUCUGUAGUCAUUUCAUUGAAAUGGAAGACGGGCGGCUUGUUUUCCAGACUCUGCUGGAAACGGGGGCAAGGAGUGCGGGCUGGGGUGGGAUGGAGCUGGCAAUAAUUUUAUAUUGGACACUUUUUUUCAGUAUUUCAGGAUAUUAAAGUGCAAAAUCACUCCUGUCA